UGCCAUGGCCGGGAGUCGUCGAGGGGUUUCACGCGGAUACGAUUACGCGGUACGCCGAGCGGGGGCCUACCUACUCGUACUGGUAGGCCCUUGGCCGGAGGAGGAAGAGGAAUCACAAAGCGACGACCGACGAUCAUGGCCGGGGUCGUCGCCUCCUCCACCGCUUUUCUUCUCCUCCUCGUCCUCCUGCCCAAGAACGGGAGCGUGGCCUUGGCGGCAGAGACGUGCUACUGCUACCAGAGGAGCGCCGUCAACGGGGAAGCGAACAAGCUGACCAAGACGAUCGCGCUCGCCGUCGGCCCCAUUGAGCUGCAAAUAAAAAAGACGGUCUCGCCGGUGAGCGGCUGCUCGGGAGCGGUGCCGACGUCGCCAAGGCCACCGCCAAUCCCGGCGGACACGCGCACCCCUACACCUCCAGCCCCGCUUGCUGCGGAUAAAAGGGGCUUGAACUGGCGCCCAAAGGCAUGGUGCUGCUGGGGCAUCACCGUGGCAACGGUGAUCGUCCUCUUCGCGGUGAGGCCUGAAAUGUUCCUAGUACCAUCGCGCAACGGCGGCGAACCGCUUGACGGCAACGAACAUACUACCAUGGUCAGCGUGGCCGCACAGGUCCCGACUGGCUCGCGUGAAACUAGGCGAGAACGUCGGUCGCGCCGGAUGCCCCGACCCCAGCUGCGAGAAACGUUGAUCAUCGAUAGCAAUGGGAAUUCACGGUUGGACGGCAACAGUGAGCUCUUCUACUGCCCCAUGUGCACAACGACGGCGCCCAUCAUCCACAAAUCCAGCUUCGGCUCAUGCGGCCACGCCUUCUGCAACAGCUGUGUAGCCAAGUACAUCGCUGUGAGGCAGCGUGAGAAUGUCGCUCUUCCCGUCGAAUGCCCCGAGUGCGAGGACGACGCCUGCCGCGACCCCUUGCUGAACAGCGAUGGCGAUGGCAAUGAAGAUUCAUCAGCGGACGGCAACGACGUCGGCGACGGUAAGCGCUUCUACUGCGCCAAGUGCAUGCAUGUGGUGCCAUGUGCAUGUAUACGGCGCAGCUUCACCUCGUGCGCCCAUGACUUCUGCUCCAACUGUGUUUCUCGUCGACUGCAAGGACGGCGCGGCGACGGCAAGCACUUCUACUGCACCAAGUGCAUGCACGUCGUGCCAUGUGCAUGUAUACGGCCCAGCUUCACCUCGUGCUCCCAUGAUUUCUGCUCGAGCUGUGUUUCUCGUCAACUGCAAGGACUGCGCCGCCGAGCCGGAAAGAGGCCACAACAUCAGCCCCCCGUCGACAUGUUGCUGUUAACCGAGGGCAACGAAGAUUUGCCGGUCGACGGCGUCGGCGAGCUCUUCGACUGCGCCAUCUGCAUGGAAACGGUGCCCGGCACCCUCAAGUUCAUCAUCAACUCGUGCGGCCACGCCUUCUGCUCCAGCUGCGUCGCCCAGUACGUGGCCGCGAAGCUGGACGACAAUGUCUGUCCCAUCGAAUGCCCGCAGCCAGGCUGCGAGGACGGCACCAUCGAGCCGGAGAGCUGCCACGGCAUCAUCCCCACGGACCUCCUCGACAAGUGGGGUUUGCUACUAUGCGAGCUCGCGGUCGGCGCCAAGAGGAUAUACUGCCCGUACCUAGAGUGCUCGGCGCUCUUGCUCACCGACGGCGAGGCCGGGGCGGCGGCCAUCGCCGAGGCGGAAUGCCCGCACUGCCACCGGCUUUUCUGCGCCCGGUGCGCCGUGCCAUGGCACGACGGCUUCGGGUGCGAGGAGUUCCAGAAGCUCGGGCAGGACGAGCGCGGCCGGGAGGACCUCCUGCUCAGGGGCCUCGUCGGCAGGGAGGGCUGGCAGCGGUGCCCCGAGUGCCAGAUGUUCGUGGAGAAAUCGGAAGGGUGCAAUUACAUCAAGUGCAGGUGUGGAUACAGCUUCUGCUACCGAUGCGCAUCCGAGUUGUCUGCGCAAAACCAUUACUGCAACAAGUGCAAGCGCUAAUAAUGGAUGGACGGUUCUUAACACCAAGCCGGCCACAUGAGUUCACUCGGCCAAAACUACCGCGCUUAUUGGAGAUGCUCUCAAGCCUUUAUUGAAAAAAUGUUUCCUCAAGCGAAAAAUGGAAAUCUAGUCAGGAAAAAACCUUAAAUUUAUUAGGUUGUACAGCUUGUUUGGUAUUAAUUUGAUUCUCCACUUGUAGGUGUGGAUUGGUGAAAAUAAUCUUGCCACUUUUUAUUUGUAAUUAUUAGGGUAGAGUCAACCAUGUCUUUGAGCUAGCAAUCACCGUGCCAGUUCUACAAUGUCCGGCUUGCACGAACUAUAUAUGCACACUACAACAAAUCAAAUUACUACUGAUCACUCAUCAGUGAUCGACACCUGGCCAGGUGUGAGUGAUGCGGGUCAACAUUCGGCUACUGAUAUGCCUCAAACAUAUCUAUAAUUUUUGAAAUAUUCAUGCUAUAUUCACCAUUUAUACAUAAGCUUGGCAUAUUUUUUUAUUGAUUUUUAUUGAACUAACGUAUCAAUCCAGUGCGUAGAGUUAGUUGUUGUUUUUUCGACUUUUCGGGACAUAAAAUUUCUGAUGCCAAAAAAAGCAAAUAAAAAUAGGACGCUAAUUUUCAAGCUAGAAGAGCAACUGGGCCAGAAGCUCAACUGGAAGGGGAGGGGGCACAACCUCGACACGUCCCCCUUGGUGUGAGCUAGGAGCGUGGGCAUUGCUUCCACCGCCUUUCAACACCCUAGCUCCAUAUCUACUAAAAAACAUCCGGCGUAAUUUAACCCUAAUUUUUUUCACCGCUGCCACGUCCCGAUCCAAUGUAUUCUCGGUUUUGGCCUUGUUUCGACACCAUAUCGUAGGGGGGAAUUUGAUCUUCAUGAACCUCUUCAUCAUCCCUUGCUG